GUGGCCCCGCCGAGCUCUGCGUCCCGUGGGGCUCCGGCGCGCAGGGAACGUCUGCAGGACCCGGAGCUCCCGCGGCCCGAGCCCCCUGGCCCGGGUGGCCGCUGCAGCCCGAGCGGCCGGGCGAGGAAAGAUGGCCGCCCUGACGACGGUCGUGGUGGCGGCGGCGGCCACGGCGGUAGCGGGAGCUGUGGCGGGGGCGGGGGCGGGCGCGGCCCCCGGGGGCGGCGUGGGAGCCGCGCAGGUGCCGCAACAGAAUGACAGUGGUUUUGGUACUUCGGGUGGGAUUCGUCCCUUUCAGCUUCAAAACUGGAAGCAGAAAGUCAGUCGGACAAAGAAAGCAGAGUUCAUACGCACAGCAGAAAAAUUAAGAAAUCAAGUUAUUAACAUAGAAAAAGAUAAACACAAUCAUUUCUACAACCAAAAAAGUGACUUCAGAAGUGAGCAGAGUAUGCUGGAAGAAUUAGAAAAUAAAUUGAUUAACAGCAGGAAAACAGAAAGAGCAAAAAUCCAGCAACAGCUGGCUAAAAUACAUAACAAUGUAAAGAAACUUCAGCACCAGUUAAAAGAUGUGAAGCCUACACCUAAUUUUGUUGAAAAGCUCAGAGAAAUGAUGGAAGAAAUUGAAAAUGCGAUUAACACUUUUAAGGAAGAACAGAGGUUGAUAUAUGAAGAGCUUAUUAAAGAAGAGAAAAGCACCAAUAAUGAGUUGAGUGCCAUAUCAAGAAAAAUCGACAUGUGGGCUUUGAGUAAUUUGGGAGCAGAGAAAGCUUUCAGAGCCAUGUCAGGCAAGCUUCCUGGAGACAAAGUAAUGCCAAGCACUCUUCCAGAAGAAGUGGUAGAUUUUGAAAAAUUUCUUCAGCAAACUGGAGGGCGGCAAGGGGGCUGGGAUGACUAUGACCAUCAGAACUUUGUAAAGGUGAGAAACAAACAUAAAGGGAAGCCAACGUUUAUGGGAGAAGUUCUAGAAAACCUUCCUGGAAGAACACAGGAUGAAGUUCAGCAGCAUGAGAAAUGGUAUCAAAAAUUUCUGGCCCUGGAAGAAAGAAAAAAAGAGUCUAUUCAGAACUGGAAAACCAAAAAGCAGCAAAAGAAGGAGGAAAUUUUCAAGUUGAAGGAAAAAGCAGAGAACCUAUCUCUACUCUUUCAUAAUAAAAAAGAAGAUAAUCAAAAACGCAAAGAGGAACAAAGAAAGAAGCAGAAACUGGCUGUGGAAGCGUGGAAGAAACAGAAAAGUCUGGAAAGGUCAAUGAGACGUGCCUCCCAGGUGAAGGAAGAAGAGGAGAAAGAGAAGAAGCAGCAGAAAGAGCGCCGACGCCAGUUUAAGCUAAAAUUACUGCUGGAGAGUUACACGCAGCAGAAGAAAGAACAGGAAGAAUUUCUGAGACUUGAAAAGGAGAUGAGAGAAAAGACAGAAAAGACAGAAAAAAGGAAAGCCGCUGCGGAGGAGAUCUCCAGGUUCCAAGAAAGAGAUUUACAUAAACUCAAAUUGAAAAUUCUGGAUCGACAGUUAAAGGAAGAUGAAAAGGCAGAAAAACAAAGAAAACUGGCAAAAUUGAAAGAAAAGGUUGAAAACAACAUUAGUAGAGAUCCCUCUAGGCUUUACAGACCUACCAAAGGUUGGGAGGAAAGGGCCAAAAAGACAGGACCCACCAGCUCUGGGCCACUUCUGCAUAUCCCACACAGGGCUAUUCCAACCUGGAGACAAGGACUUCAGAAAAGAAUAUGAGAUAAUGAAGUUGGUAUUCAGUUGAUGAGAAUGUCCGCAUAUUCAUAGCAGGAGAGAGUCACUAACCAUGUUCUUAAAUUGUACUAGCCCCAUUCAGAUUGAUAACUGUGUUAUAUGUGAAUCAACAGGCAGUGAGUUUCGUGUGGCACUGUUGUAUUUCCUGUUUCUACUCAGAGGGUAUUUAAUGUGUCUGUUGGCCUAUUAUUGAUGUAAAAGUCUUUUAAAUAAGUUGAUGCUACAAACGUAAUUUCAUUUAAAUACUCAGAACACUGCAAAGAUAUUUUGUUUUUGUCAUGGCGUGGCAAAAUAAAUUGGGACAAUCAUAGAGUAACAUUUUUUUUAAACAAAAAUUUUGUAACAUUUAUAACCUGGAGGUGAAUUAGCCCAAGUAACAAAAAUAUGAAGGUUUUCCUGUUG